AUGUUUGGAUAUAAAGAGGGCGCUCUAAAAAUUGUGGAUAGAUGCAAGAAUAUAUUCAAAUUGUCCCAGGGCGAAUAUGUGGCACCUGAGAAGCUCGAGCGAGUAUACGCUCAGAGUCCCUACAUUGACCAAAUAUUCGUUGACGGCAACAGCAUUUGCUCCUAUCCCGUCGCCCUUGUCCUGCCAACGGAGAAAGGAGCAAGGGAAUACUUGAAGCAAAUGGGUUUGUUAGGUGAGCAAGUAUUCGUUCUCCCAGAAGCGAUCACCAACCCAGGCUUCAUGAAGGCGGUUAUUGAGGACAUGCUGGGGCAGGCUGCUGAAGAGGGAUUAUGUGGCUUCGAGAAGUUUAACCAGCUCAUCUGUCAGGCUGCUAAUUAUUUCAAGACUUUCUGGUGUAGUGGAGCAGACAUGGUCGAAAAAGAUAUCUUAUUUCGUCCCCUUAAGAGUCCACUGUUGAAAAAGGGAAACAAUUUAUGGCUACAACCAAAGCUGAAGGCCAAUGGCACAUCAGGCUUCUACCAUCCUGGACGGAAUUCAUAUGAUCAGCAGCCAAGACAAUCAAUCGUAAUGACAAUCAAGCCGAUAAAGAAAUUGGUUCUCAACCAGGUCCUGCUUGAACGGAUUCAGUACAGGGGCCUGGAACGGGUCUCGACUAAGCGCAUUUCGGUUAAGAAGAUAGCCUUCAUCAAUGAGCCCUUCUCUAUGGGAAACGGCCUGAUGACGCCAACUUUGAAAAUGCGUCGUGGUCUGAUUAAAAAGAAAUACGCCACCACGUUGGCAAGUCUCUAUGAUGAGGGACUGGCAAAAAGUGGAGAUCUGCCUAGUUUGACAUAA